GUCAUGGAAGUGCUUACGCACAUACAGAAGCGGGUCAAGACCACGCCUGGAAUAUUCCUACCCGCCGAAAAUCUGAUUCAGCAAUUCGGGGACAAAGAGGUGUCUCCGGUGGUGCUCAAUUUCACCAUUAUAUUCUUAGACAUUGCGUUUGCCAGGUUAUCAACAGAAAAGCAAUUAGAGCUUUUACCUGGGGUAGUCGAGAUCCUACCCAAUACCCAUGCCAACCAUGUGUACACUCUGUUGCGCCUGGUAGUGCCUCUUCUACCAAAAAUACACAUACCUACUGAUCCCAAGGUCAGAUGCGAAAUGCUGCGGUUGCACGAG